CGCAGAGAAGCGGCGCUGCCCAGCCCAGACGAGCACGGCGCGGCUCGGAACCACGGCGAGAGGCGCGCGCGCUACGCGACGCCACUGUCGGUCGCGUACCCUACCCUGCCCCGACCCGAACCGAGGACCUCCGCUGGCAAAUUCUGCUAAACGGCUGCAUUGCGUGUCGAAGGAUUCUACAUAACGCUGUCGCACCCUAUUUGCCGACACCACGGAGGGGGCUUUCCAAUUGUGCAUAGAAUUAAUUGCUCGGGUGACCUCAUGUAGCAAAAUUAUCACUUCAGGACGAGAUGACACGAGAGCCGCAAGACUGCAUUCUUCAUCUCCGGCGAUGAACAGAUCAAGUUGCCCAGUGAUCGGGAAUAUCUUCUCCAGCAGGUCAACAUAAGGAAGAAGAAACCUUCAAAUCGUGCACACCGGCCAGAAUUGAACAAGGAAAACCACUUCAUCUCAUCAAAGUCUGAGAUGCGGAUUCCUGAAGGAAGAUCUGCCGGGCGAAUCUAAACUCGAAGAGACUGAGUAAGCGACGCAGAGAAAUUGGAUUUCCAUAUCAAAUCGAAGGCCCUCCAGAGGGGUUCGGCGGCCGCUGCUGACUGCAGCGCUAUCUGAGCUUCAACCCGGCCAGCCCGGCCCUGCCCAGCGCCGGCCGGCGGCUGCCCGGCCCAGCCCAGGCGAGCGCAGCGCAGCCGUGCGCGGCGCGGCGUCACCCUCGCCCCUCGGCCUUCGGCCUCUUCGGCGCCGCACCGUCAGCGAUAAAUCACGAGCGCCGCAGCAGCCAGCGGGGCUCCACGCCCACGCCGCGCCGGCUUCCGCGGCUCGACCUGCGCACAUCGCGCCUAAUAUCUGAGGGCCCCCGCCCCGCCAGCCACUGCGCUGGCCGCUGAUAACGUCAUCCCCUCUGCCCAGCUCCGGAGGUGGGACUGUCACCGUGGAAGACUGCUGGGCGAUUGUGCAUCAGAUUAGUUCCCUGCACAAAUGUUGCGUAUAUAUUAGGAUGCUCCACGUUAUCGGAAGUAAUUACAGCUGAUGGGUACCCGCAGGACAGCUUACUCUCAACGUCACAUAUUAUACUGAUCCUUCCUUUUACAUUGCUCAAUCACUUAUUUCUUUGAUGUGUUUUUUUUCUGUUCCUUAGCUUCGAAUGAAACGAAAUUCUGACUUGAAUGUACUUGAGUCCUCGAUUUUGCUUCGAAAAGUACCCGAGGUCCUGAGAUUCUAAAUUCCGACAAUUUUCAGCAAGAGUGGUCUUCUUCGUAAGUUACCUUGAUCUGUUGCAAACAGAAACAAUUACAAACCUCUUCUUUGCUGCGAAGACGAAAAUGUCUAUUCGUGCGUGGUGUACUGGGUGGGAGUGACUCUCAGGCGCACAGUGUUUUGUGGCUUGGUAACGACACUGCAGUGGAGUCCGAGCUGCUGAUCGGUGCUAUCUGCGAGGGGGACAGCAGCGAUUCGUCGGCGAUGACGUGCGUGAGAGACGUGGUGCCCACAGGCUAGUGAGUGCCGUGGUGUAGCUGCGGACCUGACCAGUGGGCGCCAUGGUGCGCGUCGAGCUGCAGGCGGCGUCGCUGCUGAACGCGUCGGCGGCGGCGGGCGACGAGCCGCAGGACGCGCUGUCGGCCGGCGAGGCGUGCGGGGGCCGCCGCGACUACCCCAGCGUGCUCGGCGUGCGCCUCGUCGUGCCAGAGUGGGAGGCGGCGCUCACCGCCAUCACGCUCUCGCUCAUCAUCCUCGUCACCAUCGUCGGCAACGUGCUCGUCAUCCUCAGCGUCUUCACCUACAAGCCGCUGCGCAUCGUCCAGAACUUCUUCAUCGUCUCGCUAGCCGUCGCCGAUCUCACGGUGGCGGUGCUGGUGAUGCCGUUCAACGUGGCGUACUCGCUGAUCCAGCGGUGGGUGUUCGGCAUCGUGGUGUGCAAGAUGUGGCUGACGUGCGACGUGCUGUGCUGCACGGCGUCCAUCCUGAACCUGUGCGCCAUCGCACUCGACCGCUACUGGGCCAUCACCGACCCCAUCAACUACGCGCAGAAGCGCACGCUGCGCCGCGUCCUCGCCAUGAUAGCUGGCGUCUGGCUGCUCUCCGGCGUCAUCAGUUCGCCGCCGCUAAUCGGCUGGAACGACUGGCCCAUGGAGUUCAACGACACUACGCCCUGCCAGCUGACUGAAGAGCAGGGCUACGUGAUCUACUCGUCGCUGGGCUCCUUCUUCAUUCCUCUCUUCAUUAUGACUAUCGUCUACGUCGAGAUAUUCAUCGCGACGAAGCGGCGCCUGCGCGAACGUGCAAAGGCUUCCAAGCUGAACUCUGCCAUGAAGCAGCAGAUGGCUGCACAGGCAGUGACGGCGACGGUGCCGUCGCACGACCAGGAGUCGGUGAGCAGCGAAACCAACCACAACGACCUUCCGCCGCCUCCGCCUGCGCCCUCGUCGAAGGAGAAGAGGCGCAAGACGAAGAAGAAGUCCAAGAAAAAGGACCCGUCCGCCGAGGAGGGGCGCUUCCUGGCACCCUCAAUGGUGGCCGAGGAUUCCGUCACCGACAACAGCGUCAGCAUGGGGCCCAUCGCCAAGAACCACAUGGCCGAGGAUGGCUACACGUGCACGACGACCACGACGACCACGACGACGACGGCGGCGGCGACGGACUCCCCGCGGUCGCGCACGGCCAGCCAGAAGGGCAGCACAGCGCCACCGACGCCGGUCCAGCCCAAGUCGAUGCCGGUGUACCAGUUCAUCGAGGAGAAGCAGCGCAUCUCGCUGUCCAAGGAGCGCAGGGCCGCGCGCACCCUGGGAAUCAUCAUGGGCGUCUUCGUCGUCUGCUGGCUGCCCUUCUUCCUCAUGUACGUCAUCGUCCCCUUCUGCAACCCCAGCUGCAAGCCCUCGCCCAAGCUCGGCAACUUCAUAACGUGGCUCGGCUACGUCAACUCUGCACUCAACCCUAUAAUCUACACCAUCUUCAACCUCGACUUCCGUCGCGCUUUCAAAAAACUGCUCCAUUUCAAGACAUGAAUUACUUGUGCAGUUUCAAAAGCUUUGCUGUGAUGAUGAUGUAUAGAUGUGUGUUAAUCGUGUGUAGUGAAGUACUCGUUGGCUUCACGAUGGCUGUGUUCUGAACCCGUAGUAUUUUCCAAAUUUCAAAACGUACGUUAUAAAGAUUUUGGAAAAUCAGAAAAACUCGAUUUUGGGAUUCUGAUGCACCUAUGGAACGUUGAUUGUGGCGACGUUAAGCGUACGGCCUGCUCAUGAUUGAUACUAAUCCUGGAAUGCUUUGAUUUUCAUAAUGACAUGAAUUUAUACUUACUUCAGUAUUUCGUGUAUUACUGUGACACUCAUACCAUUUAACUAAGGACAAACUCAACAGUCACCUAACGAAAACUGGCUUCGUUCCUUGAAAGAGAACAUUUAACAGCAAUGAUAACUGAAACAACUCUCAAAAACUUUGUCUUAGAAGUCACUCUCGAAAGAGGCUUUCAGCAUCACCGAUUGUGCUGUCAUCAGCAGUUCUCCUACAUAUGGGGUUUUCUCUCUAAAUACAGAGGUAAAAAUACAAUAUUCACAAGCAGUUUUCUAACAGCUUCACCUCAAUGUCUGAGACCGCGUCUGAUGUCAGAAUAUCGUAGCUAAGAUAAUUAACUUACGAUUAAUUUAGUGCCCGAAUAUACGGGAACAGACACAUUUCUCGUGGCUCAAGCUCCUUUAUUCCUACCUGCCAUUGUUUGAGCUAGCCACCUCCAACUUUACAUCGUGGUAUUGAAAAGAUUCGUGUAAUAAAGGCAGAUUUUUUUAAAGUAGAUUUUUAUUUCAAAUGUAUUUUAAUAAUAUAUAUUAGGAUCGUAUUAUUUAUGUACAUAAACUUUUGGGAGUAUCUCAUUAUGCCAUAGCGUCUUGUCAUUUUUUCUACUGUACUAAGACUAAUUUUUCAUUACAAAUAUCUGCGUAUUUCGUACUGUAGAUAUGAGGCAGAUUGGGAGACUGACUGACAUUCAGUCCUCUGUACAUACUAAACUGACUGUUGUAAAGUAUAACUACUAGUUUUAUUUGUAAAAAUGUGUAAAUUUUUAUGUAUAUUGUAAACUACAUACUUCACAAGUUCAGGGUCCUGAUAUAUAUGAUGGGAAGGCCUAGUCACGAGCUGUAGUACAAGUUACAAGUAGAUCUCUCACAGUUGUCGUUAAGAGUGACGGCCUUCGCAGUAAUCUGGUUUCUCUGAUACGAUGUUAUGACACUAAUGGAUAUGUUCAUAGUUGUACAGUAACCGCAAUUUCUGUAAGAUAUGUAAAUUCUGGUGGUCUUGCAAUACCAUCACUGUAUUAGUCGAUAACUUAUACAUUUCAGUAUCGAUUUUUCAUAAUCUGUAGACUUGUGAAUACUGUUGACGUACUUCAGUCUUAAUGGAAAACGCUCAAUGAUGUCUUUGCUCACAGUCUGUAAAACUGUAAACUGUGUAAGAACAUCCUGUAAUUUGCUCUAUGUAUCUGCCGCUUUCUAAACGAGACACGCCCGCAAACUAUUUGUGGAAGCUUAUGAAAAAUCUCUCACCUACACCACAGUAGAGUAAAUUAGCUCAUUAGUUCCUAAAAUGAACGUGAUAUCUUUGUCGGAUUGUUAAGUAUGUACACAUUGAGAGUGCCACUCCUGGAGGAGUACAAGUGUGUCUGAUUAUACUCGUCCUCAGCUCACGUGGGCCGACCACCCCUGGGGACGGCGUAACUGAGCCCAUCCGCCCCCCAGAGGCUGCCAGUCCACUCGCCCCCCCCCCCCCCCCAACCUCUUGGCGACCCCACUUGCCUACAGCUAAUGAUGCUCUUUCAUGAUAUUGAUAAAUUUAAUAAAUGAGAUUUCCUGUUACA